CUCUCUACCGACUCCUCAGCCUGUUAGAAUACAGAUUACAGGCUGUUAAGUUAAUACCGUCACCAUGGCUGUUUCGUCGGCGGAGAUAUUACUAAUAUCAACCUGUCUGUGUUCCGUUCCCGGACAGUUAAGUGACGCCGUUCACCUGAGCCCAUCGGACGGGUCUAGUUUAACCUCAAAGUUACCGGGAGAACGGAGUCUCAUCUGCCCGACUGAGCCGAUCCAGGCGACAGAAGGAGCUAGAGUCAUUCUACAAUGUCAUCUGGAUCCCCUGCUAGACUUGACUGAUCGUACAGUGGAUGUGAGGAGACCUGACCUCCAAGACCAGGACAAUGUCGUCCUCUCCUAUCGACAUGGACGGGACUAUCUUGAUCCCCAGAUGUCUGAAUACAGAAACAGGACAACUCUGGACCAUGAAGACCUGGCCGGAGGAAUCAUCACAGUGGGGAUCUCUUCAGUAAAUGUGUCUGACAAUGGAACUUACAGAUUCUACAUUCCUAAGCUGAACACCGAAUCUAACAUUUACCUCAACAUUGCAGAACCCACUGACCAACCGAAAGAGUCAAAGAGAUUUGAUUCCAUCACAACUAGACCCCCAGUGGAAGACGUGACCGAGUCAGGAGAUCGUGGUCCAACGGUGGCUGUCUGGAAAAUUGCCCUUCCCAGUGUUAUUGGUGGUGCUCUUCUUCUUCUUCUUCUUCUUCUUCUUCUUCUUCUCCUGGUGAAACUCGGAGUGAUCAAGAAAUGUUGUCAGAGGCCCAGAGGACGGAGAGACGAAGAAGCAAACGGCCAUGUAUUGAACCAUCUGAUGACCUCAUCAGCCGCCGAUAAUAACCAGGAUGGCCGCAGAGAAAACGGCGUGCAAGAACAGAUGACGGAGAGAUGCUCAGCUGUGUGAAUUCGGUUCUCUUCCAGCACAUUUAUAAGUAUUAAGAAAAAUAGAUUUUAUUUUUUAAAAAGGCCUGCCCACCAAAUACCUCGGGUGCUAUCGAACAGCGCCCUUCCAUUCGCUGGACGACCCGCUCUACCUCUGAGCCACAGAGCAUAUAUUUUUUAAAGCCUGAAGACAGAGCCAUGAGGAGGAGCAGACGUCGAGUUUUCUCUCAGAACACUUGAAUUACAACAUGCUGAAAGGGUAUUAUGGGAAUUUUUGCCCAAUGAUGCCAAACACUUGUUGCCUUCUGUAGCUUUAAUACAGCGAUAGCUUUCACUGAAUUGAGCCAAAGAAAUCAAUUGUUUAUGGUGCGUAGAGCGUUCACUAUAGAGAAUAAUAUAUAUAGAAUAAGACCGUCUGGGUGGUUCGUGAUGUCCACAGUUAUCUCUCUAGAGGGAGCACCACCGGUUUUGUGCCAUAAAGCUGUAUGGGGAAGGACUCGUUUAUUCAGCAGCAGUUACAUGGAAUGGGUUACCUGCAAGCCUUAAGUCGAUAUAUAUAUAUAUAUAUAUAUAUAUAUCUCCUUUAUUUAACCAGGUAAAAACUCAUUGAGAUUGUUCUAACCUCUGGGACCAACAUCUGUAGAACAUUAUGAGAGCUCAGGUCAUAUUGAUUGUGGUUUGUGCACAUGUACGUACACAGAUAGGAAGGAACCAGACCAAGGAGCGAUUUAUAUAUAAGAGCCGACCAAUGUGAAAGUCUGCGGACAUCCAGAGAUGUUCCUUUAGCAGCAUACGGGGUACAGAGGUGAACCAGAUGUCCACAGCCAGUAAUAAAGCAUAAAGCACAAUGGUGACCAGCAUCCAGCUGUUUUAGGCACUGGUCAGGUUCCUUCAAACGGAGCACAUCAUCCAAUAAAGGUCAGAAAGUUGCUGAAAUCAAAAGUUUGCUCGUCUGGAGGGAGAAACAGGAUUUGUUUCUAAAAAAAGAAUCCGAUUUAAUUUUCAGUUUGGAAACCAGGUUUUCAAUGUGUGAUUUGAAGUUCUAAUCAAUAAUGAUUCCUAAAUACUUGAAUGUUGGGACCAUUAAUAUCAACCCCUCGAGUGGUUGAGACCUUAAGCAGAUUAGAUGGUCUGUGUAACGGUGUUAAAAGUGCACUAUUAUGAAGUCUGAUUUGCAAUUUAAUGUAAGUUGUGUGAGGAAAAAUACGCUGUGUUAUUUUAUGGUUUACCGUGGAAAAUUAAACCAUUGAAGUUAUAACCUUUUAGUGUAUCAUGUUUAUACACUGCAAAAAAGGAUUUUUAAGAAAGUAAAAAAAGCUUUGUUUCAGAUGUUUUUCAGCCAAUUUUGGUAGCUCUUUUUUAAUGCACUUUUACAAUAAGUUAAAUACAUACUCUAAUGCCAUUUUAAUGUAUUUUGUAGUUGUAUUUAUUUUUUCAUUUUCAUACUGUAUGUCUUUCAUAUAUCUCAAUGUUGUAUAAAUAAAAAAUAAUUACAUUUCCA